AUGGCCCGACGUCGCGAUGCUGUUCACUCUUUAGAUAUUAAACAAGUAAGAGCUAAUUGGAAGAUUAAGAGUGUUAUCAUAUGUGGAUUAAUUAUUUCCGUCCUAGUUGGAAUUUUAACCAACCCUAACGUUAGUUACGUAACUAAUCCUAAGCCUGAACCUGAUCCUGAACCAGAACUUGACCCUGAAGCAGAGAAGAUUGCACACGCACUCCUUUCGUCUCUUCAUAAAAAAACGACAACAUUGUCAAAUCCAACUCAAAAUUGUCACUUUGCCUCUAUCCAAGGAAGAAGGUCAUAUCAGGAGGAUCGAGUAACAUGCGACCUUGAUCUUAAUAUUCCUUUCUUCGGGCCUAAUAGCGGCGGCAUUGAAGUGGUGAAGGUUGGGGCUGUGGCAGUAUUUGAUGGACAUAUUGGAUCGGCUGCUAGUGACAUGGCCUCGAGGAUCUUUCUCGAUAAGUUUCUCCUUAAGAAUUACGGUGAACAAUCUUCUAACUUUACGGAAUUUCUAAAAUCCUCAUUAGUUGAUACCAUUGAGGAUAUUGAUGUAGCAUUCUCCAAGGCUGCUUUUGAAUAUCACCUUUAUUCGGGAUCUACUGCAGUUGUUGCCCUCGUGUAUAAUAAUAGCAAAGCUUUAGUGGCAAAUGUUGGAGACUCAAAAGCGUUUAUUUGCUCUGCUUCUUUGGCUAAGGAGUUGACGAGAGAUCAUAAUGCAGAUAGGUCGGAUGAGAGGGCUAGGGUUGAAGCUUCUGGAGGAGAAUUCACCCCCAUUUAUGAUGCUCCUGAUCUCCUCAUGGGUCACUUCCCCAUUACUCGAGCUAUCGGCGAUGUUCCAUUGAAACAAUAUGGCAUUAUAGCUACUCCAGAGGUGACUGAUUGGCUACAAUUAACUUCAAAAGAUGAGUUUUUGGUGGUGGCAUCUGACGGAAUAUUUGAAAGCUUAAGUCCCCAAAAAGUUUGUGACUUUCUAAAUGAGGCAGAGGGCCAACAUUUAGAUCCCUCAGUAUUGGCUCAACAGCUUAUUCAGAAGGCAUAUUUAGAUGGCAGCACCGAUAAUUUAUCAGUUGUUUUAGUUCCCUUGGCAUAUUCAGGGGGAUCUGCUGUAGAUGAUUUACCAACUGAUAUUUAG